CCGCGAGAGCCGCGUCGCGAGAUCGCCCACGCAUCCCCCGCCCCGUCCCGGCCAUGCCGGCCGGGGAGACUGGGAGCCUCCGGGAUUGGGCGUCCGUGCGUGAUGACGCACGUGCGCGCGGAGACAUGGGGAGGACGCAGGCGGGCCGUAGAGAGCACAUGUUACAGUAAUCCUGGGAAGGAGGUAUUAUUCCUAAUUUAAAGUGAAGAAAUUGAAGUUCAGACAGUUUAAGUAGUUUGCCUUAGAUCACAGGGCUAGUUCAGCUGUCUGUAAACCUCCCUGGAGUCCUAAAACCUGACCACAUUUUCCUGUCACUCCGUUGAUAGCUAACCAUGCAGCGGAGAUCAAGAGGAAUUAAUACUGGGCUUAUUCUGCUCCUUUCUCAAAUCUUCCAUGUUGGGAUCAACAAUAUUCCACCUGUCACCCUAGCAACUUUGGCUCUCAACGUCUGGCUCUUCUUGAAUCCUCUGAAGCCACUGCUUAGCUCCUGCCUUAGUGUGGAGAAGUGCUACCAGCAAAAAGACUGGCAGCGCUUACUACUCUCCCCCCUCCACCAUGCAGAUGACUGGCAUUUGUAUUUCAAUAUGGUAUCCAUGCUAUGGAAAGGAAUAAAUCUGGAAAAAAGACUAGGAAGUAGAUGGUUUGCCUACAUCAUCGCCACAUUCUCUCUACUCACUGGAGUGGUGUACCUGGUCUUGGAAUUUGCUCUUGCAGAAUUUAUGGAUGAACCUGGCUUCAGAAAGAACUGUGCUGUAGGUUUCUCAGGAGUUUUGUUUGCCUUGAAAGUUCUUAACAACCAUUAUUGCCCUGGAGGCUUUGUCAACGUUUUGGGCUUUCCUGUACCCAACAGAUUUGCUUGUUGGGCAGAACUUGUGGCUAUUCAUUUCAUCUCGCCAGGGGCUUCCUUCGCCGGGCAUCUGGCUGGGAUUCUUGUUGGACUAAUGUAUACUCACGGGCCUCUGAAGAAAAUCAUGGAAACAUGUGCAGGCAUUUUUUCCUCCAAUAUUGGUUACCCAGAACAGCGAUACUACUUCAAUAAUUCAGGCUACUCUGGAUAUCAGGAUUCGUAUCCAUAUGGCAGGCCAGGUCACUAUGAAGAAGUACCCAGGAACUAUGAUGCAUACACAGCAGGACUGAGUGAAGAGGAGCAGCUAGAGAGAGCAUUAAGAGCCAGCCUUUUGGACCGAGGAAAUAGCAGAAGUAGCCCCCCGCCCUAUGGGUUCCGGCUCUCACCAGAAGAAGAAAUGAGGAGACAACGGCUUCACAGAUUUGACUGCCAGUGAGGUGGCACAGCAUCUCAGGCAAAUGUGAUCCAGUUGUGUAAUUAUUGCCAUUUGGUUCAUCCCCCAAGCCCUACUUGGUUUUAAACCAAAGCAGCGUGCACUAUUGUCCCAGAUUGCUCCCGUCUGCCUUGGCCACUGUGAAUCUAGAUUCACAAGCACAUUGACUUGUCUUGAAACCAGACUUGAAUGCAGCUCACAGCUUUCUGGGAGUGGCCCUUCUCCUGGCCUCGUCCUAUCUCACAGACAGGUCAGUUCCUCCAUGUAGGGACCAGUUUCCACCCUCCAUUCUCUCCCUGAUGACUCAGCGGUACCUCUGCCUUGUUUUGUUUUUGAGGACUGUGACCUUCACCAGGAGGUUCCUUUUCACCAGCCCGGAAGAUUAGGCUCUCAUUCUGCCCGGCAUGCCCAGUAUUUGAUGUGGCAAGAAAUGAGGCCCCAUCCCUUGUCGUCCUGGCCCAUUGCCAUGGUGACUUUCCAGGAACACGAUGUGGCUACCAUGGCAAUAUGCUCUUCUGGUCUCCCUUGGGCCCCUGCGUCAGGGUGGUGUUGACAGUGUACUAGCUUUGCUCCUAUAUUGCUCUGCCUUUAAAGAACGUUCUACUGGAAAAGCUUGAGUAAGACCUCAGGUGGGACACCCACCGCCACAGUCCAUUAGAUAGUGGGUGGCACCAACAAUUUGGGCUCACACAGCGUCGCCAGUGACAAUAUAUGUUCCUGGAGAUGUGACUCGUGUUAAUCAGCAAAGCAGCAGCAGGUGCCAUGUACAGAGUAGAGCAAAGGCCUUCAGGAGGUUGGUCACUGAGAAAUCCCUCUUGAGGAAGUAUUUUUUU